AUGAAUCGCCGAUUUAAUAAUCCUGUUCGAACUUAUGGAAGAAACAAAAUUAAUGAAGUAAUAAUUUCAGUACCAAAAUUAGUUGUUUCAACUUUACACAAUGUUGAUAAUAAAAAAUGUGUUUUAUUAAAUGAAAAAUCAGAUGAAAUUGCAAAGAAAGAAAUUAACGAUGAUUCUAAAUAUUAUGAUGUUUUCGAGACAACAUUUGAUAAACUUCUUAAAAAUGCAAGAAUUCCACCCAAAGCACCUAAAACGCGUGAUACAACAUUAAAUAAUAGUGCAAAUAAUAGUUCCAAUUGGAGUAUCAAUAAAUCUAAAAUAGAUAGUAUAAAAUUAAUUUCUAAGCAGAAAGUAUGCAAAAAACAAAAAAUGCAUGUUAUAAAAAAAACAAUUGUUAAAAAGAAGACAUCUGUACUUCAUAAUAGCAGAAAAUUUAAGGUACAAAAAAAGGAUACUUCUCAUCAAAAAUAUAAAUUACGUAACAGAAGAAAUAACAGCAAAAUAAGAUCUGAUUCUUUAAAUUUAAGUUUAGAAGAUAUGAUUUCUGAAAGUGAAGAUUACAAACAAGCAAAAAAGAAAGCUACUAAGAAGCAUUUGGCAAUAAAAAGGAAAAAAGAUACUGAUGUUAAAUUAUUUUGCAAUACAGAAGAGAAGUCAUGUUUUGUGGUUUUAGAUAGAUGUGCACCAAAAUGGAAUAACAAAUUAAAUGUAGUAGAAAAUAACUUAUUACAGGAAACACAUAAAUGUAUAGUAGAAACUGAUCAAUCAUCAAACCAACAUAAAAUUACCAAAAUACGUAAUAACAAUUUAAAACAUGAUGAUGUAUAUGUGAAAUUUGUUCAACAGUGUUCUGUUAAAGUAGAAAAGUUGAAAGUAGAUUCAUGUAUAAAGCCAAUUAACUCUGAGAAAAGAUGUGAAAAUUUGAUCAGUAGUACACCAAAUGAUAGACCUGUUAGACCUUCUACUCAUUUAAUGCUAUUAUCACCAAUUCCUAUUAGAUAUUCUGAAAAAUUAAAGAAUUCUAUGACAUAUGCAGACACUGUUUCAAUAAGUAAAAAUAAUCAAAUUUCUUUAAAAUCCAAACAGACAAAUAAUGAUUUAUACAGAAAAUCAGAUGUAUUAGAAAAACAUGAUUCUGAGGAAAAACCUAAGUCAUUGUCUAAUUAUUUAACAAAUACGUCUACUUUUAGCAAGUGUAAUUUCAAUCAAUCAGAGAAUUUAAACAAAAAGGACAUUGAUCCAUUGAUCAAACUUGACUGUAAUAGUAACGACAACUGUGAUCAAAAUUUCAUAGUGGCAAAGGAUUCAGUGCAAAAUGUUUUAACAAAUGAAAUGAAGAAAAAUGAUAUAUCAGAUAAAUUUGUAUUAAUGAAAAAACAACGUUUAAGUUUUUCUAUUGAUGCAAACACAUCUCAUUCUUUAUUUGAUGAAGCAGAUGAAAAUGAUAAAUAUUCUAUACGACCUUCUUGUGUAAUUUUAGAAAAAUUAAAAGAUCCUAUUAAAAUUACAAAAAGAAGAAAAUAUAGUAAAUGGGAUCUAGAUAUGUUUACUAUUUUAGAGGAUGGUAGUAAUAGUACUAAAGUGAAAGAAAAACAAAUAUCUUCAAAAAAAGCAAAUGAAAAUAGACAAAUAAUAUUGCCAGAAACAGAAUUGUCAUUAAAAAAUAUAAUGGAAGAAUCUAUUAUUAAUACAUCUAUACAGAAACCUGUAUACUUAAAACCAGGAAAAUUUUGGGCAAGAUCUUUAUCAAUAUUAAACAGUAUACAGAAUGAAUUUAAUUUGGACAAAUUAUCUAUUGGUAAAGGUAAAAAAUGGAGACAUAGUGUUCAGGAUAUAUUAAAUAUGCAAAAACAAGGAAUUGUACAAAGCUGUAUAAGCAAAUAUAAUAAUGAUAAAGAACGACAAAUAACUAAUGAAACCAUUAAUAAAUUGGAACAUGAAUUGGCUAAUAAGAAAGAUAGGACCUGUGAUUCUACCAAGCUUGGACGUCUUUCAAGAAGAAUAUCAGUUCGUGUUGUUCCAAUUCAUAAAACUGUAAAAUCUAUUGAAGAUGUUCCAUUUCUUGAAGUUUAUGGUAUUGUUCCUGUUAAGAGUCAGAGAUUUACAUUACUGAAUAACCCUCGAAAAUCUUCUACAUGUAAUAUUCAAAAUGAUGAUGUUGAUGGUCAAGUUAUUGAAGAGCAUGUAGUUUCAACAAGCAAGGAAGUUAUUUUACAGAAAUGUUUACAAAAGGAUUAUAUACCAUUUUCAACAUGCUUCUCAGAUUCGUACUUGGAUCACUGCCGAAAAAUUGGUGAAGGUGUAUAUGGUGAAGUGUUUCUUUAUGAAGAGGAAAAUAAAAAGUCUGUUAUAAAAAUUAUUCCUAUAGAAGGCAAUGAAUAUGUUAAUGGAGAACCACAAAAAAAAUUUCAUGAAAUAUUAUCAGAAAUUGUAAUUGCAAUGGAAUUACAUAAUCUAAGAUUCAACACAAAGUACAAUACUGAUGGAUUUGUUGAAGUAAAAAGUAUUAAAUGCAUCAAAGGAAAGUAUCCAGAGAAACUUAUAGAACUUUGGAACAGUUAUGACGAAGAAAAACAUUCAGACAAUGAUUGUCCAUUAAUGUUUAAUGAAGAUCAGUUAUACAUUGUUUUGGAACUUGGACAUGGUGGUCAAGAUUUGGAAGCAUUUGUAUUCAAUACAGCAGAAGAAGCACAUAUUUUAUUUAUACAGACUGCAUUAGCAUUAGCGGUUGCGGAAAAAGCUGUCGAAUUUGAACAUAGAGAUUUGCAUUGGGGAAAUAUACUGAUAUCUCCAACUGAUGAAUCUCAUGUGCAUUAUAAGCUUGGACAAAAGAACAUUGAAUUAAUUAGUAAAAAUGUAAAGGUAUCUAUUAUAGACUUCACUCUUUCAAGAGUAACAUAUCAAGGAUGUAGUGUAUUUAAUGAUCUUGCUUCAGAUCCUACACUUUUCACAGCUCAGGGUGAAUAUCAAUUUGAAAUAUAUCGUUUGAUGAAGGAUAAAGUUACAAACAAUUGGCAGAAAUUUGAACCUUAUACAAACAUUUUAUGGCUGCAUUACACUUUAGAUAAAAUGAUCACAGCAGUUAGAUAUAGAAAAAGAAACUUAAAAAGUCAUAAAAAUGGUAUAAUGAAACUUAAAGAAUUGAAAAACGAAAUUUUAAUAUACAGCAGUGCCUUUGAUUUUGUAACAAAUUGUGAUAAAAUUGUUAAUUUAUUGUGCAUCGAUACAAAAUUUGAA